GAAGGACAAUGAAUCAAAUUCAAUCUUUGCUCAAUGAUUGCCUCAUCAAAACAAAACAUGUGGAACAUGCGGCCAUCAUCAAAUUAAAGGACGAGAUUGUGUGGGCAUCAACCCUUGGCUUUAAUCUGCAGCCACAGUAUGCCUUACUCCUCAGCUCUGCUUUCUUCAAGAACUUAUUACAUGUCAGAAGGGAAGGACUUUACUUCAAGGAGAAGCAUUAUAAAUGUGUCCGAGCAGAUGAGUGCUCCAUCUAUCUUAAAAAUGAGGACAGAGGUCUGAUAGCAGUGAAAACAGAUUCAUACAUCCUGGUUGCUACUUACUCUGAGGGCAUGUAUCCCAGCGUGUGUGUGGAAGCUGUAGAGAAACUGGUACAUUCCAGUGUUGAUUUGAAGUGGAGCAUCUCCAUUACAGCAAAUAUUAAAAGAGAAAAUGUCUUCUAUUUGUUUUUUUUCCCCUUAGCGAACUAUUUUAGAGAUAAGGAAAACUGAAUCUGCAAACAACUUAAAAUUGAUCAAGCGUAUGAGACUGUUUUGUUAGAAAACUGCAGAUGGAAGUUUGUAAUGAAGCACAUCCAAGCAAGCAAGACAAUAUCCAUUAUUCCGCAAUAUUCUUAGUGCAUAGUGAAGGCUCUGAAAGAGAAGGAUAAUCCACAGCAUUUGACUUGCACCAGUGCAGCCUAACAGCCCCCUAAAUUGUCAGCUCCACCAUCUUCAUGCCCAAAAAUUACAGCUCAUAAAUCCAUGCAUGUGUGGUAGUAUUUGGGCUCUAGUUUGGAUGGGUUCCAAGAGUCUAAAAUUGCAAGAUGCUGAGCGUCUCCUACAAGGUGCUGAGUACCCUCUACACACAGUGACUUCCCUGGAAGUUGAGCCCUUUCUCCACGUCUCCUAUAGGAGUUGAUGGUGCUCAGCACAUCAUAGGAUGAGGUCUGAAAACUAUAACUUCUUAUCAUCAAAAGUACAGUUGGGUGAUGUUCUCAAGAGACUGAGUUAAGAUGUUUUUCUUCAUUUUAACACUAUCUUUUUUGUUUGUUUUUACCCAAUCUCCUAGUAAGAAAGCAGUUAAUUUCUCUGAGCUGUGAGGCAUCUCUCACAGGAGAUGUACCAUAUAGACAGCAUCAAAACUGAGUAGAUUAAUGAAAUGUGUUGCAUUAACAUGAAGUUCAAUGUAAGAUCACAAAUUGCAUUGCAUACCUUGGAAUGUCUUAAAUAAAAUGCCGUUUUUAUAUCCAUCUAUUUGCAUUGCCAGAAAGGACCAUUAGAUCAUGGAGUCUGACCUCUUGCAUAGCACAGGCCAUUACAUUCCACACAGGUAUCCCUGCACUAAGCCCAAUAACUUGUGUUUGCCUAAAGCAUAAUUUCCAGAAAGGCCUCCUGUCUAUAUUGGAAGUCAUCCAGAGAAGGAGAACCCCCUCCCCACUGCUCUUGGUAGCUUGUUCCAAUGAUUAAUCACCCCCAUUGUUUAAAAAAUUGUGCCUAAUAUCUACUUUGAUUUUGUCUGAUUUCCUCUUCCAGCCAGUCAUGGGUUCUUGUUAUGCUUUUCUCCCCUAGAUUAAAGACCUUUCUCAAUACCCCUAUUUUCUCUCUGUCAAGUUACUCAUGUAACAAAGUAGCAUUCACCUGUAAUCAAGUCGCAUCUCAAUCUUCUUUCUGAUGAGAUAAACAGAUUUAUCUAUUUAAGUCUCUCAUUGUACAGCAUUUUCUCCAGCCUCUGAAUCAUUUUUGUGGCUCUUUUCUGCACCCCCUCAGAGUUUUCCAGCAUCCCAUUCAGUGAUGAGUCUCUCUACUUUUUUGAGAUCUGUCAGUUAGCCAGUUACUAAUCCAUUUAAUGUGAGCUUUAUUGAUAGUUAAGGCUACA